AUGAAGUUCUCCGCUGUCACUCUCAUGGCCGCCCUGGCUGCGGCUUCGCCCACCAACAUCAUCAGCGCUCGCAACGAGCUCGCCCGUCGCCAGGCGGCCGAGGCUUGCAACAUCGGUUACUGCACGGAGAACGGCGGUACCACAGGAGGUGCUGGUGGUGACACGGUCACUGUCAAGAGCGCUGAGGAGCUCGUUGCCGCCGCCAAGCAGGAGGGUCCCUUGACCAUCAUCGUUUCUGGUGCCAUCACUGGCAGUGCCAAGGUCCGCGUUUCCGCUGACAAGACCAUCAUCGGAGAGAAGGGCAGCUCUCUCACCGGUGUUGGUUUGUACAUUCGCCAGGUCAAGAACGUCAUCGUUCGCAACAUGAAGAUUGGUGGCGUCAAGGCCACCAACGGCGAUGCUAUCGGUAUCGACGAGUCUCUCAACGUCUGGGUUGACCACUGCGACCUCAGCGGUGACUUGUCCGGAGGCAAGGACGACCUGGACGGUCUCCUUGACGUCUCUCACGGUGCCGACUGGAUCACCGUGUCCAACGUCUACUUCCACGACCACUGGAAGGGAUCUCUCGUCGGACACUCCGACUCUAACGGCAGCGAGGACAAGGGCAAGCUCCACGUCACCUACGCCAAUAACCACUGGUUCAACGUCAACAGCCGCGCCCCUCUCGUUCGCUUCGGUACCGUCCACAUCGUCAACAACUACUACGACAAGCUUCUCCUGACCGGUGUCAACUCUCGCAUGGGUGCCCAGGUCCUUGUCCAGAGCUCCGCCUUCAACCAAUGCCCCGCCAAGGCCAUCUUCUUCGCCGACUCCAAGGAGACUGGUUACGCUGUCGUUGAGGACGUCGACCUCGGUGGCUCUGAGAACUCUCUUCCCAAGGGCACUCUCACUUCCGCCUCCCUUCCCUACAAGAUUGCCGCCCUCGGCUCCGCCAAGGUUGCCGGUACCGUCCCUGGCGCUGCUGGCCAGAAGUUGUAA